AUGACUCCAAUUUUGGAUGCGAUGGCCGCAAUCGACGCGUUGAAGCCAGGGAAACCUUUUAACUACCGCCAAAUUGCAAAAAAGUUCGGUGUUGUGCCAUCUACGUUGAUCAGGAGGCACAAGGGGCUUACGCAACCCCGCUCUGCUGCCCAUCAACUCCUUCACCCACUACAAGAAAAGUACCUUGUGGAGUAUAUCCAGGGGCUUACUAAGCGUCGCCUGCCUCCUACAAGGCAAAUGGUUAAGAAUUUUGCAGCCUCAAUUGCUCAAAAAGGGGUGGGCGAUAGGUGGGUAUCCGGAUUUCUCCGGAGAAACUUCAACAAAGUCAUCUUAAAAUGGCAAACGCCUAUGAAUCGCAAACGCCAUAAAGCCGAUUCAGGGGCAAAGAUUAAGGAGUAUUUCGACCUCCUUCACGGCAAAUAA